AUGCCGGUGUCGGAAGAGGUCUGUGCUCCAGCAGUCCCAGCCACCAUGGCCCAGGAGCCCCGGCAGACAGACUUCCAGCUGGUGCGAGUCAAGAGCACGUGGUACCGCGUCAAGAGAGGAGAAACCUUUUCCAACGGUGAGGACGAGAUCAUUCUCUCCGAGGCAAAAAUAGGUGAGUGCGUCUCCGAAGGUGGGAUUUCCUGGACCAUUGAAGCUCCCAUCUAUUUCUGCUACAAGGUGGUAGAAACAUACAACAUUCUGGAUCCCUCCAACACUACUCUGCUCUGGGGUCACAUCACCGACCCCCAGCAACUGGAGCUCGCCACCAGCAGCACGAGGAAACUGAGGCGCUUUAUCGUCAUAGACGAAGUCGUUGACAAACUUUACGGCUCCAAAGUCAGGGAAUACUUCGAAGAGAACAACGUUCAGCACAAAAUCCUCGCCCUGCCCACCACCGAAGAAACGAAAUCCAUGGACCUGGUCUUGAACAUCCUGCAGGAAGUCCAGGACUUCAGCAUCGACCGGCGAACCGAGCCCAUCAUCGCCAUCGGCGGGGGUGUCUGCCUGGACAUCGUGGGACUGGCUGCGUCGCUCUACCGCAGGCGCACCCCCUACAUUCGGGUCCCCACCACCCUCCUCUCCUACGUCGACGCCAGCGUGGGGGCGAAGAACGGGGUGAAUUUCCUGCAGUGCAAGAACAAGCUCGGGGGCUACACCCCCCCGGUAGCCAGUUUCCUGGACAGAUCCUUCAUCCAGAGCAUUCCCCGGCGGCACAUCUCCAACGGCCUCGGGGAAAUCCUAAAGAUGGCUCUCAUGAAACACAAAGGGCUGUUUGACCUGCUCAGGAACCAUGGAAAAUACCUUCUGGACACCAAGUUCCAGUCCUGCAGCAGCUUUGCUGACCAAGGGGAUGCUGCACUGCAGACCACCAGGAUUGCCAUUGAAACCAUGCUGGAGGAGCUGGCACCCAACCUCUGGGAGGAUGACCUGGACCGACUGGUUGAUUUUGGUCACCUUAUAAGCCCAGAGCUGGAAAUGAGGGUUUUGCCGUCGCUGAUGCACGGGGAAGCCGUGAACGUCGACAUGGCAUUCAUGACGUACGUGGCCCACGCGCGGGGGCUCAUCGGCGCCGAGGAGAGGGAGCAGAUCCUCCAGUGCAUGAGGGGCCUGGAGCUGCCGGUCUGGCACAGCGGCUGCAGCUGGGCCCUCAUCAAGAGGGCCCUGAGGGAGCGCCUGAAGCACAGCGGGGGACAGACACGGAUGCCGCUGCCCACCGGGCUCGGCGUAGCAGAGAUAUUCAAUGACACCAGUGAAGAGACCCUGGAAAAAGCAUACAAGCUGUGGGUCAGGGACUGCAGGACAGUGCUGGAGGAAGAGCCGGCUGCCCUCUGAUUGCUGCGAGCCCAAGCUGAUGUCCUGCCC